GGGGAGGCGGGGGAAUGGCGGAGCGGAGGCAGCGGGCCCGGGUGCAGGGCGGCUGGGCCGGCAGCCCGGCGGGACGGCAUCACGGAAAGACCCAGCAGGCAGCAUCUAAGGCACCAGUGUCCAGCAGCCUUGCUCCUGGAGGCACCAGACCAGCAUGGAUGAGGAAGGAUGAACAGCACCCUCAAAAGCAGUUUGUCUUUGAAAAGCCACCAGAGGUGGAGCGUAGAGUUCCUGAGACAGACACAAUAGACAAGCCUGGUGUGUAUGAGCUCAGUGAAGAACCCAGUGGCAUUUCUAGGAUUCAUUUGGUUCCUGGCUUUAUUGACUCAGAACAAGCAGACUGGAUGUUUGAACAACUCCUUCAAGACAUACCUUGGGGGCAGAGAACUCACAUCAGGCAGGAAGUCUCUUUUGAGGAACCAAGGCUUACCUCCUGGUAUGGGGAACUUCCUUACACCUACUCCAGGAUAACAAUGCAGCCAAACCCAAAUUGGCCCCCUCUGCUGACCGUGCUGAAGGAGCGCAUUGAGGAGUUCUCCGGCCACACCUUCAAUUCCCUCCUCUGCAACCUCUACCGAAACGAGAAGGACAGCGUGGACUGGCACAGUGACGAUGAGCCAGCCCUGGGGACAAACCCUCUCAUUGCUUCCCUCAGCUUUGGUGCCACCCGGACCUUUGAAAUGAGGAAGAAACCCUCCCCUGAAGAAAAUGGAGAUUACACUUAUGUGAAAAAACUGAGGAUUCCACUUGAUCACGGGACUCUGCUGAUAAUGGAAGGAGCUACCCAGGAGGACUGGCAGCAUCGAGUGCCUAAGGAAUAUCAUUCUAGAGAUGCACGGAUAAACUUGACCUUUAGGAUCAUUUAUCCAGAACCUGAUGGAUUUCAGAAGUGAAGAGGCACUUUGGGCAUUGUUGGAUAUAAACCCACAGCAGAUCCAGAGCCUCAGAGUGCUCCAGAUUUAAAGGAAGCCUCACAGGACCACAGGUUCUGUGAGAUCUCUGACAGGGGGAAGGAACUGAUACUGGGAAGAUGGUUGACAACAAGAAGCUGCCUGUGUUAGGUGAACAGUGCUGUUUUGUUUUCAACAAUGCUGUGCUGUUAGAUGAUGGUAAAUCACAGGCUUUAAGUGUGUGAAAAAAUGAUUAUUCCUAAAAGAAGGCAAAGCACCUGAAAGAUCAUCUAAGUACAGACUGGAGCAGAAAGAUUCAGUGGGCAGUGGUUUCUGUACCUGCUUUUGUCUCCCCUUUUCUCCCAAGUGUUGGUCUAUGUUCUAAGUAAGGACAAGAGUGGAAUGCUUUGUGGAAAGUGUGUGCACUGCCUGUACAGAAAUGGGAAAGCUGCACUGGAGGCUGAUGACUGUAUGAGGAUUACUCAUUUCAUCAAGGGGUAGUUGCCUGCUUUUUAUUUCUAGGUUGCAAAGUCUUCUCCAAUAAAUCAAUAAUUCAAGGAAUCAUAUAAACAGAGGGUCAAGGUGCCCUUCUGCUGUCAUCUCUGGGGUCAGGCUUUAACCUGUGGAUCCAAGGCAGAUAAAGGCAAGGGACAGAGACACCUUAGCCAUGAGCUUUAGCAGCCAGGUCAUUGCUGCCCAUUGCUUCAGCAUUAACAGUUAUUCCUCCCUAUGGGCUUGAAGCUGUUACCUCUCUGUCAGAGGCAGGAAAAGAGAUGAAAACCAUUACUUUCAGCAUUUGCUAUUAAAACUCCCUGGUUUCAUAUGUCUUUUCCUGGUGUAGGAAGCUGUGGCUUCCAGUGAUUUCAGCAUCUCUACAAAUUAAGCUUGUGCUGCCAGGUUUGGGACUCAGAAGAACAGGUCUAAAGUUUUGGACCCAAAUUAUUAUAAUCACAACAUAAAUCAGUUGCAAAGUUACACCAAGUAGAGUGGAGUAGUAGAUCCUACCUGUUGGUAGGAACCAGUGAGCUGUCUGCAUGGUAAGUUAGGUGAGCUGCCUCUCUAGUUUAAGUUCUCCCUGCAGCUAAGUGGCAUCCCCUGUGCUGGAUCAAAACAUGGGUUUAAUCUUUUUGAUGCUUUCUGCCUGAGGUAGGAUCUGUGCAUGGUUAAGUAUUCCUAGGGACAGGUUGCUUUUAUUAAGAAAGCUCUUCAGGGGAAGAAAAAAAGGGUUGUUUAGAAAAUGUUUGUCUCUAAUUAGCCAGCAUUUCCUGUACUUUAAAAUUCAUUAUUAAUACUCAAUUGGGCCUAUGUUUUGAUGUUAUUAAUGACCCAAAGGAUGGUCUUAUUGAGCCAUUUCAAUCCCUGUGCUCUGAAAUUGGACAGAACAAUUUUCUUGGUGCAUCAGACAGCUCUAGAAGCAGCCUCUCCAUCUAAAGCACUGCACAGCUUUUGAAACAGCUUAUAUUCUUCUGAAAUGAAUGAAUGGUAUUGGAAAACUGACUUUGCUCUCUGAUGAUGUCUUCAUUUUCAUCCCAGUUUGUAUAAAAAUAGGGUUUGGGGAGAAUAUUUACUGUUAACUCCUUACAUUUGAGUCUAAGACCCAGGCUCUGUGCUGAGAAUCUCCUGAGAAGGAGUUUUGAAGCAGGCAAUGCUUACUUUCACCUUUCCUUUCUCUGGGUGAGCUUUGUGCCCAGGUUUGGCAGUCCUGAGGGAGCUUUUCCUUAACCAGGUGCUCAUUUCUCCAGGUAUCCCAACAAGGCAACACUUCACACAAACUAAAUGUAUUUACACUCUGUUAAGAGCAGUCAAGCUGCAAGAGCACAGAGGAGGUUGGGACCAGACUGGAAACUUUUCUAAACCCAAACCUCAGCCUGUGGAAACUGCAGCUCUUCAAGGAAUUAAAUUGAAAAUUAAAUUCAAAUUAAUUAAAUCAAAUUCUGGCACUUCACUGAUGGUAGGGUCCUGAUUCUGUUGUUGAAGAACAGUUUGUACUUGCUUUCUCAGAUUCAGUUUAUAGU